AUGUUCCGCUUCCUGCUCUUCCUGGCUGCUCUCAGUCAGCUGACAGAUGGGACCCCGAGACUCUGCACUGUGUCCGGCCCGUCUGUCAUCGAUUUCAACGGCGAUAUUGCCUUUGUCCGGGAUCGCUGUGCGUACACUUUGUUAUCCAGAUCUGGCCUCGAGGUGAUGGCCAUCUUUAAGGAGCGCCGCCGUGAAGACGUCAGUUUCUUAGACCAAGUGAUUCUGCGUUACAACGGCGUUGACUUUAACCUCGGACAAGGCGGGAUAGUACAACAGGACGGCACUACGCUGACUCUGAGCUCCACCCAGAAGACUGUGCAGGGCGUGAAGCUCUCAAAGGACGUGGACGGAGUCACCGCCGAAGUGCCAAUCGGCAACAACGUCACCACCAUCGUGUUCGACGGCACCACCGCACAGAUCCUCCUGACAGGAACGUCUCCCUCUCGGGGAUUAUGCUUGGAGGCAGACAGCACUCUGAGUCUCCUGAAGGUCUCCGAGUUCAGCCCAAGCAGCUGUGAGACCCUGGUCAGUGAACCCGCUGACAGCCACAUCAACUGCAUCAUAAUGACUGAUAGGUGUAAUCUCCUGAAAAAGGCGCCGUUCACUUCCUGUCACAGUCUCAUCGACCCGGCGCCUUAUAUCACCGCCUGUAUCGACAUGUUGUGCAAAUACCCGGCGCUCGAUGGACUCAACUGCCAGUUCCUUCAGGCGUACGCUGAAGCGUGCAGUGUGCAAAACAAUCACACCGUAACGGACUGGAGGACAGAAACCAGAUGCUCUGCUGAUGAGGAGAGUCAGGGUUUGCUCUGCAGCGCUCAUGAAUUUGUCGGUAUGGACAUCAGCGGUGACCCCAGCUGUCUCUGUCGGGCGAGUUUUGCCAACGAUAACAAAUGGGAAGGUGUUUUGGAAAACCCGACAGUGUGCAGCCCGAACUCUGCCUCACUCACCCUGGCUGGUUGUCUCUUGAGGGCAAGAGGUGUGGACUACCGGGUUUUACACCUGAACGACAACACCUGCAAGGGUCAGAUGGACGAUACGACCCACAUGGUGACCUUCAGCUUUAACAGCAGCACCCCCUGUGGGACGGAGAUCCUGACCACAGACCAAAAGAUCACCUACAAAAACGUCAUCAAGAUAGAUGACAAUGUCCCGUCCAGUAGGAUUUCUCGCAGUGACUUGAUUAAUAUGAACUUCUCCUGCUACUUCAACCAGCCGACACGCAAGUCCUUGAGCUUCAAAUUGAAAGGAGGCUCAGCACUGCAGCAGAUUCAGUCUGGAUCCUGGAACUACACCCUGUCUAUGACCAUGUGUACGGACAUCACGUGCACUGAAGAGUUUGACUUCUCUGGCGGGGUCCAGAUGGAUCAGACCAUCUACAUGAGCAUGGACGCCGUAGGGCUGGACGGAAACAUCCUCACCCUCGUCGUGGAGGAAGCCUUUGCGACCGAUAACACCGGAGGCAUAACUCAGAGAUAUGACCUUAUCAUAGACGGCUGCGGGAACCCGGAGGACAAUACGGUGAAGACGGUGUUUAACGAAAACGGAGGAACUAUUAUAGCCUUCCAGAUGUUUCAGUUCAAAGGAAGCAACAGCGGCCUGGACCUGGGCUUCAGGAUGAAGCUGUGUCUGACGAGCGACAAAAAGUGCAUGCCGCAAUGCAGCAGUAAACGCAAAAGGAAAAGGAGAUCUUCAAAUUCUCAAAAUAAAGAAGAUGAGAACGUCAUCUUGGUCUCUGUGGACUGGAACUAGAUCGACUGAUUGAUCGGCCGUUGACCUCCUGACUUUUGCUUUGCCCCCGAUCAAGAUUCAAGUCGUAAUUGUUCGUCCUGAUGCAGAGAAGAGGAUUAUGUUUUAUGUUUACCUUUCCACUUAAACUUAAUUAAGUUGCAUUGCAGCCACAAGCUUAACAAUACAUUGAAUUGAUAUAGCACGCUUUAAAAUACAGCAAAAUCUCAAGGUGCUUUACGAAAGAAAGCAGAAACAAUCAUUGUGCGAUUUGAUAAUACAAGUUAAAAUAGGAUAAAUACAAUUAAAGUUUAAAAGCAUAACACCUAAGAGACA